UAAAACGUGAAAAUUCAUAGUGCUUUCCAGGAAAGCCCAAUUACGCGUCGCUAGUGGGGCAGCACUCGGAUUGUUUGUAUCGGGUUGGUCAACAUUGCCCAGAGGAACAUGCUUUACGCACCAAAGCUGAGUUGUCCUACAGUCCCACUUUCCAAUGGUCUGCAGAUUCCAAUAUUUGGAUUAGGUACAUCACAUGAUGGCGGAUACUCCCACGAUGCCAUUGUUUAUGCACUCACAGAGUGUGGUGUGCGCCACAUUGACACAGCAAAGCGCUACGGCUGUGAGGAGAAACUGGGUGACGCUAUCAGAGAAAGUGGGAUACCACGAAGUGAUCUGUGGGUCACCAAUAAACUGUGGCCAGGGGACUAUGGAUACAAAGCUGCAAAGAAAGCCUUCUUUGACUCCUGCAAACAGAUGGGGUGUGAAUACUUUGAUCUGUACCUGAUGCACUGGCCAGAGUCAACGCAACCUGGUUGCUCCAACCGGGAGAUGAGAGCUGAGACCUGGAGAGCUCUGGAGGAACUGCAUAAAGAAGGGCUGUGCUCUGCUAUUGGAGUGAGCAACUUUUUGGUCCACCACCUGGAGGAGUUGAAAGAAGACUGUAGUAUUGUGCCACAUGUUAACCAGGUGGAGUACCAUCCUUUCCAGCAACCCAAUCACCUGAUGGAGUACUGUCGUCAGGAGGGGAUUGUAUUUGAAGGGUACAGUCCUCUGGCAAAGGGUCAAGUCCUCAACAACCCAACUGUUCUUCAGAUUGCACAAAAAUACAGACGCACGGCAGCUCAGAUCUGCAUCCGCUGGAGUAUUCAGAAUGGAGUUGUCACAAUACCGAAAUCCAUCCAAAAGAAGAGGAUUCAAGAAAACUGUCAAGUGUUUGGGUUCCAGCUGGAGAAGUCUGACAUGGCAGCUUUAGGAAGCUUGGAUGAUGGAAGACAUGUUACUUGGGAUCCAACAAAUGUGGAGUAACAAACUCAGAUUGUGUUUGACUAGGAACGAGGUCAGUGACAGUUGGCCUUAAGAAAACUUGAGAUUGUGAUAAGAUUUUGAUUAGUACUUUGUUCAUUAGCAGCGUGUCACCCCUUGCCUGAGAGUAGACGCUACUAUGAUGCGAGAUUAAUUCAUCUCAGCUAGCUUUUUAAAAACAUUUUAAGUGGUGCAAGAAUGACAAGCAAAGAUAACACAGAUAAGAUGAUCUAUACAGGGAGGAAAUUCAAUAUUGCAGACAGAUGUACCAAAGUAGUUACUUGAAAGGGUAGAUACUGUCACUUGAUUUACACUAGAAUUGUGGUUUAAUUUAGUACAAAAAUAUAUAUUACAGAAAUAACUCCUAUGAAUAGCCUGUGACAUACAUUUCUUUUUAUCCUGGGCACUCUUGACCAAGCGUUCAAACAAUUAUUUCCAGGUGGUUUAACAGCAAUGUGCACAGUAAUAAAAAAUAAAAAUGACUUUCCAGGAGCUGAAACAAAAUUAUGAUCAACCAUUUCAGAUAUUUGCAAAUGUCAAUGGCCAGACAAGAUAAUGUUUGUCACAGGAAUAAAUAGGUUUUGGGGUUUCAGAGAAACGGUAAAGGAUGAUUUUCCCAUUAAAAGACAUAGCAGUAUGUCUUGGAAAUAAGAAAAUAAAAAGUCUUAGUAUUGUAUGUCAAUAAAAAUGUCACAGUAUAAGAUGUUAAAUAAAUAUAUAUUUUAAAAAAAGUCAGAGUCUAGUAUGUCAUAAAAAUGUCCUACUAUAGUUUGUCAUAACAAUGUAAUUAAAGAGUUGUAUGUUAUGAAAAUGUCAUAAUAUACAACAUCACUAAGAUGCCAUGAGAAAGUCAUAGAAUAGUAUUGCAUAGAAAUGUCAUGGUAUAGUUUUAAAGAAAAUCUCAUUUAUAGUUUGUUCUAAAAAUGUCAUCGUAUAUUAUGUUAUAUAAAAUUCUUAAAUAGCCAUAGUAUAGUUUUCCAUAAAAUGUCUUAUUAUAGUAGUUAGAACAAUUUCAUAAAAAGUCAGAGUAUAGUAUGUCAUAAAAAGGUGAUAGUAUAGUAUGCCAUGAAAAUGUUGCACUUAGAUGGUUUUUCGGCCCUUUUGAGUUUUUCCAAAUCCCUUUUUUCGCUACUCCUACAACAAAUGUUUAGAAAGCGUCACUCAACGUAAUGCAACUCUGUAACAAGCAGGAACCAUACAGUUCAGCUAAUGCUGGCCCUCAAAGUUUGCAAUAUUACAUAAAGAUGAAUCCUGAACGCAUUGUGCUAUCAACAUUUGGUUGACAUGUAAAUAUGAUUCUAAAGUGACCAUGACAGAUUGCGUGCCA